AGUUUUUCUCUACUAAUCUCGAAGCUACCAAGCUUAACUUCAGAUUGGCAAAUGACAAUACGAUAUUUUUAACCUCAAAUAUUCUUCAAAAAUAAAAAUGGACUUCAAAUUUGUAAAGACUGAAGUAGGUAGAGAAGUAUGCUUAGUUUGUCUUUAGAUUCAAUUCAUUUAUAUAUAUUCUUCAAGUAACGGAAUUAAAAAUGAGAUCGAAACCAGGGCAUAUUACUCCUUUCUUCAAGAAAGAGCAAAAGAAAACAUCAUUUUUAGUACCAUAUGUGCUGUUAACAAUAGCAUCAGUAAUAGUGUCUAUUGUAGCAGUCAGUGACCUUCAUUGGGAACAACAUGUAUCAAUCAAUAGGGGAAUGGUAAUAUUUAUUAGUGGUCUAGUAUUUUUUUCUUCUUUAUAUCUUGCCAUAAAUACUGUUUUUCUACACACCCACUCAGGAAGACGAAUCAUAAAGACUUAUAAACUUAGUUAUAGCGAUAUCUAUGACAUCAGUAACAAGCAUGUAUCAGCUGUUCAGGCACUGUUUUGUUGCAUCACAGGUGUAACAGCUGCGUGUUACAGCUGUAGUCGUGAUGUCCUCAGGACAUCCCACUAUAUAUCUGAAGCAUAUGCUUGGUUUGGAGCGGCAUAUUUUUUCUAUGAUAUUUGGUCUAUGUAUAAAGUUUACAUUGCCAAAAUAGGUAAUGUACAGAUGAAUGGUGAUGCCAAAAGUAAUAAAACCGUCUCAGAAUUUUACCAAUGGAUGAAAUAUCUAGGGAAUAAUUUUGUAAUUGUAGGACAUCAUAUAUUUAUAGGAUGUUUUGGAUUCUUAGUCAUAACAUAUUUAAGAGGAGGUUUAGGUGAUUGUUUUUUCGGAUUUGUGUACCUGAUGGAGGCAAGUACUCCUUUUGUAUCUUUGAGAGGAAUUUUAUCCAAAAUCGGAUUAAAGAACACUCCCAUUUAUGUUGUAAACGGACUUAUGAUGUUAACUGUGUUCUUCAUAUGCAGAAUAGCUAUGUUUCCCUAUGUAAUAUAUAUGUAUUCAAUAUCUGUUAAUUUGGAUUUCAUAUCGGCAGUUCAUUCAUUACCCAGAGGUUGUAAAAUAAGUAUAGCAAUAUUGCUGCUACCACAAUUGUACUGGUUUUACCUUAUGGUGAAUGGAGCAACAAAAGUUUUGAAACAUUCCAUUACCAAUAACAAUAUGAAAACCCUAAAAUCCAAGUAACGGGAUUCGUUUCAGAUACUAUGAGAUUGCGUUAAAAAAAGGAAAAAGGUUGUGAUUAAUUACAGAGCUGGGUAGGAUAUUUUGUUACAGUUAUCUAUAAAAUUAGAUGUGCAUCUAUAUAGUAACAUACAAUUUAUAGUUACCAAUUAUAACUGAUUGAAAAGUAAUUACAAUAUGUGGUAUCAUGGAAUUUUCUAUUUUUAUUCUAACAAAAGAAUCUGCUUUCUCGAACAAAGGGUAGAGGGAAAAUAUACCAAAUAUAGAUAAGGAGAGAGUUUAUUAGGAAGACUUUGUUUCAAACUAAUAUACAAUAAUAAUUGAAUUGAAAAAUGUAACUACCACUUCGAUGUACCAUUUAUUCCUGUUAAGGCAGCUUGUUGAUGAAGGAAAUAAAAUUUUUCCCCUUAGGAAAUCAAUGUAUCUUUAGAUUUCUGUUUACAUCGUCCUAACACCAUGUAAUCAUUAUUUGGCUAAAUAUGAUGCCAACAUUUACACUACACUGUUUGGUUUAACAAUCUUUCUAUAAGUCACUUAUUUAUAUCUGGCUCUAACGAACUGUUUUGAAAAUUCCUAUUCGAAUCUAUGAUGCAGUAUAAACAAAAUUUAUAUACGUGGUGUUAGAACAAUUCCUAAAAAAGUGUUAAAAAUGUAUUUACAACAAAGUGUGUGCUUUUGCUUAGGUAUACUAUAUAUAUAUAUCGAUGAAUGUAUUUUCCAAAGUAUCUAUUUUUUAGACCAUUUCAUGAUCACGAUCAGAUCAGGCUUUCAAUAAUACCUCUUGCUACAAAAGUUUCUUAAGAUCAGAAUAUAUAUUAAAACAAUUUUAGCAUGGAUUAAAGACUCGCUAGGUACUAGACUAGAAGAGAGUUUUUUUUAGAUAGUAACUGCUACAUCAAAUCCCACAGUACAUCAUAUUAAUCAAAUUAUUGUUUUAACAAUUUUUAAAUACCAAGUUCUAUUAUUUAUAAGUGAUCUUGAAUUAAAAUUGAUUCAUAUCAUAUUUCCAUUAAAUUAUUAUAAAAUACAGGAAAUAAGAGUAGUAGAAAUCAGAAUGCGUGGUUUUUCUUAAUGUAGUACAUCCCAACAGGACAAAUGGACACCAAAAACAACUCUACUAUGAUGUUAAAUAUAAAGUAGACAAAGAUAUGUAAUACAUCCCCCAAACUUUUAAAGGAAAUGGUUUUCAUAUAGUUGAAAAACCAUUACCGGAGUUGUCGUUGGGGGUGGUGCCAAAUAUUUAUUGUCGGACCAACUUACAGGCAGAAAGAAGUGUGGGCAUAUAUCUAAAAAGAAAAGAUUCGUUUCGAUUCUAGAAGUAUUAUUAAAGAAGGAAAUUGAAAAAGAAGUAUUUUUCUGAAGUGGAUCCUUGGGAACCAUGCGAAGGGUUCUCGUUAGUUUCCUUACAAUGAACUGUCACCUCAUGAAGUUCUAGCAGAAUCUAACAACUCAUCUGCUAAAAUAUCUCUCCAUUGCAAACCUCAAGGAAUGCUUUGGUCAGGAAACUUUUGUGGAGAAUUAAUUUAAAUUUAAAUUUCUUCGGGCUUAUUUACUUAUAUGAUGUAUUAAAAUGUAGUUUUUUUAUAAAGUUGGAAGUCAAAAUUUUCAGGACUAUAUUUUCUCCAAAACAUUCAAUGAUUUUUUAGUUUUAAAACCGUGACUGGUGCUUCAGAAAUUUUUUCUGGUGUUCAUAAGGAACUACUCUUGUUGAUGUCAUAUAAAAAAUGGUUUUAAUUAAGUUAAUUUUUUUGGCAGCUCAAUUUUAGAAAAAUUUACAAAUUACAAAGCCCCUGUAAUGUUUCUUGCUCCUGAUCUAAACGCAUGAUCAUGAAUUGAUUUCUUUGCUUCCGUAGGUGGGCUUACCAAAAAACAACAGUAUUUUUCUAGUUUAUUUACCAUCUGGUAAUUAUUGACUGUAUUGAUUUUAGAACACUCAUAUUUUUGGAAUGUAAAAUGUAAAACUAAAUCUUAGAUGUAUAACAAAAAUGAUAAUUAAAAUUUGCAUGAGAAUCUGACUAAAUAGACUGAAUAAUAAAUAAACAUUUUUUUAAACAAUUUAACUGACAAUUUCAUAAUAUAUAAAUAGAAAUAUUUCACAGAACUAUUUUUUUAUCAUAUAUAAUUGAAAUAAUUAGAAAUACAGUUGAUGAUAAAAUAUUCAUUUUAUUUUCUCUUAAAUUGAUUAUCAAUAAUAACUUUUCCUCGUAUCGAACAAAUUGUCAUGCAAGUUACCUACAAUAGUAUAAUUUUUUGUGUUGAAAUUGCACUAAAUGGUACUGAAUGUGUCAAUAUAGAGUUUCUUUUUAAUUUAUUGUUUUUAUUUCUCUUGAAAAUAAAGUUUUCAAACUAAAACGCUUUAUUAAUGUAUUAAUUCGAAAUUCCCACUUUUUGACGAUAUUCUCAUUACAUAGUAUUAAUUUAGAUACUUCUGGAGUAUACUGUAUAAGUGACAAAAUAAAAUUUCCACAUUAGAGCGCGCAAUAAAAUUUUUCU